UCGAAGAGAUUGUCUCCGAAACCUGAAAAUGAAGCUCGCAACUCUCGUCGUGUUGACAGCGCUGGUUUGCGCUGCUUUGGCUUUUCCACGCGGGAAGACAUGGAAAGGAAUGGGAAAAGGACCAAAGCCAACUGGCGACAAGCCAGAAGGGAUGAAGCGACCAAAGCCAACUGGCGACAAGCCAGAAGGGAUGGAGCGACCAAUGCCGACUGGUGAUGGUCCAGAAGAGCGCAAGGCACCAAAAGGACCAAAACCAACUGGUGACAAGCCAGAAGAGCGCAAGGCACCAAAAGGACCAAAGCCAACUGGUGACAAGCCAGAAGGUAUGAAGCGACCAAAGCCAACUGGAGAUGGUCCAGAAGAGCGCAAGGCACCAAAAGGACCAAGGCCAACUGGUGACAAGCCAGAAGGGAUGAAGAGACCAAAGCCAACUGGUGAUAGACCAGAAGAACGCAAGGCACCAAAAGGACCAAGGCCAACUGGUGACAAGCCAGAAGGUAUGAAGCGACCAAAGCCAACUGGUGAUAGACCAAAACGGCCACGACCAACUGCUGCGUAA